AGUGACUCAGUGCGAUUUGAAACGGCGAACGGUGAAGAGAGCGGGAAAAACGAGUUCGGCGUCGGCGAAAUAACGCGCGUUGUUUAUUUGCGUUUUAGUUUUAAGUUAGCGCGUUUUUACUCACCGCCGGUGUCGCCCAAAUAAUGCUAGACACAGCCUAGAGCAACGGCAAACCAAAAGAAAAACCAUCUAGUACUAGACCACUUAGAACGCCACACAAGCAGAAUCGGAAGCGGAGAAAUGGGCCGCAGCCGGAGUCCCGCCUCGCCGGCGCACAGGAGACGCGAGAAGGAGCGAUCCGAGCGGAAGAAGCGCCGGGAGCGGCGUUCCCGCGAGCGGGAGGCCAUCGGAGUGGCCCCCGCCGGAGCAUCUGGAUCUGGAGGAGGAGGAGGAGCAGGAGGUGGCCCCGGUCGCCGUGAGCGGGAUCGCGACAGGAGUCGCAGCCGCGAACGGGAGCGCGACCGCGAUCGUGCGCGGGGCCGGCGUUCUAGAUCGCGGUCGAGGGGCGCCGGAGGAGGAGGAGGAGGCGGAAGCAGCGGCGGCAACAGCAGCUCCGGACCAUCGACGUCGCGAAGGACGACGAGGAACAAUGCGGCGAGCACAGCUGCCGAACGGCCCAAGAUUAACGAGGCCGACCUGGAGGGAAAAUCACCGGAAGAGGUCGAGAUGCUCAAGACAAUGGGAUUCUGCACGUUCGACACCACCAAAAACAGGAAGGUCGAGGGCAACGAUGUCGGAGAAGUGCAUGUAAUCCUGAAGCGAAAGUACCGCCAGUACAUGAAUCGCAAGGGUGGCUUCAACAGGCCGCUCGAUUUCGUGGCCUAGCAGUCCUUGGCGGCAGCCAUCUCCACAUGCUUAUCGCCCUUCGCCCAACUAGUUUGCUACGCUUUUUUUACUUGUCCGUGCCCAAUCCCAAUCCGAAUGGGCAAUGGGCGGCGGACGAAGACCUGCAAUUUUAUGCAAUAGACCGGUUUACAAAAUUCUGCCAUCUUUUGGCCCCGUCAAAAUUUCCACUCAUCAAGCAAGUUCUGCAAGAGGACAGCCUCACCACACUCAUACCUCAAUUAGUUAUUUAGUAGUUUAAGCCUGAAGUGCGCCUUUGUUAUAGAGUUGGCCCCACCAAAGGUUAAUUUUACAACAAAUAUCUGGGGCUGAAAGCAAUCCCAACCCUUUUCGGUUGGAGAAUCUGCUUUCAGCUGCAGUUGACAACGCACGACGAUUGCUUUUUGAAUAUUUCAAAGUAAUUAACAAUUGUUUUUGUUGACAUCUCGCCAUUUUGUACGAAUACGAAUUAACUGAAGCCAGCCUGAAACCGAAAUUCACAACAGCAAAAUUUUCAAACUCACAUACAGACAAUUACUUAAAGUAUUUGAAAACACACCACAGCCCAAAACGAACAAUCCGCAUCCCCAUCCCAUUCCUUAUCCCAACCGUAAUCCCAAAAACCACCCAACUUACUUCCUCCAUACGCUGCAAUAGUACAACUUUUACAACCAAACAAUAUAUAUCAAAUAUAUAUUUUAUAUAUAUAGAAAUUAAAAUAUACACACACACCACAAGUACCUUAUCCCCCGUAAACCCCCAGAAUGAACCUUACAAUAGCCAUAGCAAUUUGUUGAAAGAAUUAUUAUUUGUUUAACAAUCAAAAUGUUGUAAUUAAUCCAGUUAAUUCCGAUUUAAAUCACAAGUGCCAACAGAUCAGGCAAACCAACGCUGAAGAUGAAUCACGUUUUUAUAGAGAUAUUUGUAUAAUCAUUUUGUACUUUUUUUAUAAGAUAGCAACAAUAUUUGUAUGCCGCAACAAGUAAACUAUUUUAAGCAACAGCUAACUAUUUUUUUUGCCUUUGGAAGACAAUAUGUAUUUGAAAAUUGUAAUAAUUUCGGCCGAACACCACCCACACACAUCUUAUUUGUAGUUUUACACAUAACGAAAUUGCAGGGAUUUUUAUCUUAUUUCAUAUUCUCUUACAAUAAACUGAUAAUAAAUUUGUAAAACCGUAUCAUAAA